UUAUAAAUAAUCACAACCACUUUGGCCAUCAGUGAUCGAAAAGAAUAGCACCAACAAGCAUUUGGAUAAAAAUGGUUCAAUGCAAUGCAUUUUAUCGAAAACGGACGUUGGACUUUAGUGACAAAUAUCGGAAUCUCGAAAAAUUUACCACCGAUGUUGAACAUUUUCUGGAAGAAUUCGAUAAAAUUGUCGAGUACCGGAGCGUGUACCGGACGAAGUACCACCGUCAUCUCAAAGAAAUCCAAAGCAAUCUGGAACUGUUGAAGUCUAAGUUUGAACAAAUCGACCAGGAAGAUAAUCGCAAUCAACUAUUCAAGCAAUUGUUUUGCUGUGGGGUUUUAUUCGAAGAUUGCGUAGACUUGAGGGAACACUAUUUUCGAUUUCAUUACACGCCUCGCUUGGUUCAUCCAAAUAUUGUAGAGCUGGAGUCAGGUCAUGGGAAGUUGGAACAUUUCCGAUGUCGCCUGGAAGAGUAUUUACACUAUGGUACGGAGUGCUCUGCGGUAUUGUUGGUAAACUUAAAGAAACUAUUGAAUCGCCUUAAUCAUACCAUGCUGGUGGACGAACUGGCAAAAAAAGAUCAUGAAGAUAAACCGGAUUACUUAAUAUACAAGUGGAGGGAGUAUCGUGCAAUAAAACUAGUUAAUUAGUUAAGAAAAUAAAGCGAUAAACAGAUAA